AUAUACCAUUCCAUUCGGUUGGAUUCCGUGAACAAGGGGAUUAUUUAUUGUUGCAUGUAAUUUUGUUCUGUUCCUAUUCGAAUACAACAUUUCUUUGUUCUCCGAACGUAUGAGUAGGCGUUUAUCGAAUAGUUUGCACCACAAAUGGAUAAGAGUAUUGGAAAGGAUAAACGUCGUCUUGAUAAACGCCAUAAGAAACCUCCACCGGUGAAGACGGGAAGUAAAGGACAAACCCAGAAAGAGUUCAAAAAUAACAAAACUGUUCCUUCAUCCGAACCGCUACUUGUUUAUGACGAUCGCUAUUCGAAGCGUAACAUCGAACCAAAUUGGAACACCCGACAGGAUUUGUCCUCCGAUUCCGAAAACGAACAAUCGAGAGCCGCUGACUUUGAGGAUUUACUACGGGUGCCCCACUCAGUCAGUGGACACUUCUUUUUGAGCAACGAGAAACAUUGGGUAAGCGAGGCAGCCGAACCAGCGAUCAUCAGCGGAAAAUCUAAUCAGCAGUUCGGAAACUACUUCAAAAUCGAUACGAAACAUUUGAAUGCCAGUUUGGCCACGAUACCAUUCUACGAGAGAAACGGAUAUCCGCCGGACAUUUUUACCAAUCAAGACAUCAAGUCUAUGAAACUGAAAGCAGAACUUGAGGAAAUAAAGUAUAAGAAACUUAUUGGUAAUUUGAAUACAAGUCAAAAAAUGGCAAACAGACCGAAAUCACCGCCUGCUAAGUGCCUUAUUGGAGCCGAUGCAUUGCCUUCCCGCCCGUCACAGGAAAGUGCUGCACCGGUAAUUAUGCAACCACCACAGCCGGUUCCUUGCUUGAUAGGACCGUUGGCACUGCCACCGGAGCUGAGAAACGAUCCCAACGUAACAGGAAGCUAUGCCGCGGCGGGUGGAAUUGCAGACCGAUUGAGUGAGGUAACAAUCACCACUGUUCCAGUGACCGAGGAGUCUGUUCCUAUUAGGACAGAUGCCACCGUGCAAGAUUUACCUAAUGCCGGCAGAAAAGAGGACGUUGAGAAAACGGAAACGAAAGAAGAUAUGCAACAGUGGCUUGAUGACAUUUUGGAUAUGUGAGCUUAGUCGGUAUUUAUUCAAUAAAAAAACCCUUUUAACAUGAA